AGUGCCCCCCGGCUGUCAGUUGCUGUGCCACAGCUCGGCCGGUGCAGCCUCCUCCCCCGCCCGGGGGAGUAGAGAAAAAACCUCGGACAGCAACUCGGCAGUUUUGGCGCUCCACCGUGGGGGCACUGGACAGCCCCGGACCCCGCGGCAGGAGGUUAGUGGCCAGCAGGCAGGUUUUGCCCUUCCUGCAUGGUUCAUCGGUUGCUCCGUGGACGUCAAGACUACCCUGUCUGUGAGCAGACCUCGUUGUAGAGGCGUGGCUCCGGACCGGGACGGGAUCGGCAGCUUCUGCACCCCGGAGUCGGUCCCCGGCGAAGUCCCUUCCCUUGGAGUUUUAUCCCAGUCGGCGCUGGUCAGAGGGUUGCAGUUAGUCGAGUCAGUUAAGAUCAUGGACUCCCAGUGCCAUCUUGCGAUGGUCGCACCUCAGGCACCAGGUACCUGGAACCGGAUCAAGAUUGGACCCUUCUUCAUCAUGAUUUCGCUCCUGUUGAUGAUCCACCCAGCCGACCCCUGGAUCGUUCCCCAACCAAAGGCGAAUGUCUGGCGAACCUUGGCUCAAGCGAUGGGGCAAGACCACCUGUGCCUAUCAACAGCUUCUGCAGCAGACCCCCUCUCGACUUGUCUUGUGGGAAUUCCAUUUGGGUUGGAUGAUUUUCCCCCUCCCUUACUCCCCCACCUAAAGCACCUGUUUCCGGAGUUCGACCCUGUUGGUUCCAUCAAUCCCAGAUACUGGUGGGAAAAAAUCAUGAAACUUCUUAAUUAUACCACUGAUGAGCCCACGGAAUUCGAGCUGCUCGGCUCCGCACGCGCCUCCCUCUGCCUCCGUUUCCUCCCUCACCAAGGUGCGAUCCCAGACCGGGUGGUACACUUUAAGAAUGAGAGGUAUCAAACAAAGAACUGGUGCAAUUUCACCACCACCGUUUAUGUUCCCAAUACCUUUUAUUUGAAACCCGCGCUCCUCCCUAAAGGCGCGUUCCUAAUUUGCGGUAACCGAGCGUGGGCUGGAAUUCCCCCUCGCCUGUCCGGAGGGCCCUGUACUUUUGGGCGGUUGACGCUGCUUACCCCCAACUAUACUCAAAUUCUCAAUUGGAAAACGAAAAAUGUCACACAGGAUUUGGCCAGAGUUAAGAGAGACACCCACAAAAUUGACCCAGAAUGUGACACCGAAAUUGUUCAUUGGUCUAGACCCAGAAAUAUUGCGGUUUCGGUAUUUUUGCCAUGGGUGGCCGCAGCUAAAGCACUAGGGGAAUUGGGCAACCUCGAGUGCUGGGUGGCGAAGCAAGCGAAUUUGACCUCAACUGCCCUAGCGGACCUCCUGGCUGACGAGGAAACAACGAGGAAAGCGACCCUCCAAAAUAGGGCGGCAAUCGAUUUCCUUUUGUUACUUCACAACCAUCACUGUGAGGAGUUCGAGGGGCUCUGCUGCAUGAACCUGUCGUCACGAGCCGAGGACGCCAGACACACCAUCCGCCAGAUGUCCGAGGACGUCGACAACAUCCGACAACAGACCUCGGACUGGUUGGGGAACUGGCUAUCCAAAAUGGGAGUGACAGGCUGGGUGGGCUCCAUCAUUCGUACCAUUUUAAUUAUUAUCUUCGUUUUACUCUGUUUAAUUUUUGGUUUCUGCAUAAUCUAUAAGUUACUGACCAGAAUUUUGUUUGCCUCAACCCCCCAAAUCAACCAUGUUGAGGCUCCUGCUGACCCUGCUCCCAUCCCUGAAGAACCUUCCUGUGAAAAGACGCAUUGGGAGCAAGCCCCUCAAUCCUCCCUAUGGUUUUCAGUUACUACACCAGUUUAAGGACAAUUUCAGUUUUAUUUUUAUUUUAAACAAAGAAGAGGGAGAUGUUGUGGUGCAGGGUUCAUUUGGUUUCUUCCGUUUCCCCCUAAAGUUAUAAUGGUUCGGUCCUAGGGUCCCCCCCCCCCCCCCCCCCAC